AUGGUGCCGCAGCUGCAGCAGCAGCUGCAGCAGCAGCAGCUGCAGCAGCUGCUGCUGAUGAUGAUGCUGCUGCAGCAGCUGCUGAUGAUUUCGCUGCAGCAGCUGCUACCCCUGCCGCAGCAGCAGCACCUGCUGCUACUGAUGCGCCACUGCUCGCCUUUGCUGCAGCAGCAGCUCCAGCAGCAGCAGCAGCAACAACUGCAGCAACAGCUGCAGCAGCAACAACAUCAACUGCAGCAACAGCAGCAGCAACAGCAGCAGCAGCAACUGCAGCGAAAGCCGCAGCAGCAGCAGCAGGAACUGCCGCAGCAGCUGGAGGAGCAGCGGCAACAACUGCAGCAACACCGCAGCAGCAUCGACUACAACUAUACUGCUGCUGGGGCUGCUGGGGCUACUGGUGCUGCUGCUGCUGUUGGUUGUGGUGGUGAUAGUGGGGGGUGGUGGUUAUGGUGUUGCGUUGUUAGAGGACAACGCGGGGGUCUGCUGGCAGCAAAUAAUGGCACCUUUGCAGCAGCAGCAGCAGCUGCUGCUGCUGCUGAUGAUGAUGCUGCUGCAGCAGCUGCUGAUGACGCCGCUGCAGCAGCUUUUACCUCUGCUGCAGCAGCAGCACCUGCUGCUGCUGAUGCGCCACUGCAGCAGGCUCCGUUGCUGUAG